AUGUACUCUAGCGGGUCUCACAAAUCUAUAUUAUGCUUUCCAGAUCAUUUGCUUCAGUAUCUUUUUGAAUUCUUACCCCAAGAGACGAUAUUGAAUGUGAUACUAUCCAACAAACUCUUUCAUAGCCUCGGUUCAAAGAAACUUUAUAGAAAGAUUUAUCUUAGUGAUUCAAUAAUUGCAAAUACUUCGGAAUAUAAUGUUGGAAGACUUUGGUCGGUUCUCAAAGUCCUGAAGAAAUAUCGUGAUUAUUUGCGAGAUGAUCUCGUCAAAAAAACCAUUGAUAAUGUAUUUGAUAUUGGUGAUGUUAGGUACGGAGAGGAAGAAAUUUUACAGAUCUUAAAUGGUAAACUCCAAAGGUUGAUCAGUACCCUUGAGAAUUCAAAAUCUAACUAUAGAGAUUUCGUGCAAGAAAUAUGGAUCGAUCAAGAUUUAAACUAUGAGCUUCAAGAACAUUUAAUCAAGUACGUGAUGAACCACUCUAAUUCAAUAAGGUUGAUUCAUAGUGUUAUUGACAAGGACAUCAUGUAUAUUAUAAAUAAUGGCAAUCCACAAAUCAAAAAGAAUUUACAAAGUUUGGAAUUGUCCCCAGAACACUAUUUUCCAACCCAGAUUUCUACAGAAUACUUGAAGCUGUUGAAUGAUAUUAUGGUUAAUGCAAUUCAUGAUAAAAACCGACAGUUCAAAUCCCUUUCAUUAUUUGCUAAUCCCAUGGCAUUGUUGAAUUGUAUGAAUCUUGAAAAAGACUCUAGAAUCGAGGUAGAAUCUCUUACUUAUCAUGUUAGAAAUGAUCGUUUUCCCAACUCCAUACGGCAAGAAAAUGGUAUGAAAUUAGAAAAGUUAUCAGAUUUGAUUGAUCCAGAAUCUCUUAAAUCUCUCACCAUAACUUGUUGGAUGGUCGAAGAGAGUCAAGACGCAGCUGAUAAGACAUUUCUGGAUAAAAUUUGGUCAGGUUUUAAUAAUAUUGAAGAGGUGGCGUUUAUAUCGAUGAUUGUUGAUGAAAGAUUGAUAAUUGAUUUUAUAUCCCAGACUAAAAGUAAAUUACGAAGAUUCAGAUUCCAUUAUGCAUUGCCAAGGUAUCAUUUGGUCGAUAGCAACUCUCCGUUACUCAAUAGCUUGAAGAAAUAUCACGGUAACAGUAUUGAGUAUCUAGAUAUUAACUUCCAUGAUGAUGAUUAUGAAUUCUACUGGUAUAACAUUUUUGAAUCUAAAGUGGAAUUUAACAAUGCUGAAUUUGAUGAGUUUGGCGUGAAGAACACCGGGUGCUUUUGUGAUGAUUGUAUUUAUACGAAACAGAGUAUCAUAAAGGAGAAAUUAUUUAAAAAUAAACUAGAGGAAAUUGAGGAGCAGGAAUUUAGAGCUAAGAAUAUUGGAUCGAUAAUAUUUUCCAAAGGUCUAAUACCAUAUACUUUUUCCUUUGAUAAAUAUCCAUCUUUUAUAAAUGUUUUGAAAAUCGAGAAUUUCUUGAAAAGGUUUAACGCACUCCAUGAAGUGGAACUUGAUUUUCAAGAGUUUAAUCUAAUUUAUCAAACCCUUAUCCAUCAUAUGAGGCCAGCAGUGCAAUUUUUCAUAUCAAGUUUCCCCGAAUUGAAAAGAUUAGUUUUAAAUGAUAUCCCCUUUAUGAUUGUCGAAACGGAAAGUGAUGGAAAGAUUGGGAAAUCUGUUUUCUCAUUGAAGCUGAUGUAA